ACACACGCAACUGCGCAACAAUCGGACGUCAUCCGGCAAACAACAACAGUGGCUCGUCGGCUCGUCGGCCCGUCUCCUGAACUUAGAAUUGAACGUUCGGUCGAACGGUCGAACAGUGAGAGGGCAUCUAAGUGGUCAGCUGAAGGCGAUUCUUUCCCGAUACCUUCCCCCAGGAAGGAUUGUUUGGGUUAAUCCAAAAAUCGCAAACCUGGUUGUUGAUUUGAGCAGAGCAGAUCGACAACUAUUAGGCGAGCCGAGUGUAAAAUGUCGGUCCAGAUUCCUGAUCCUAAAAAGGUAGCUCCAAGCUUCGAGUGUCCUCAUUGCAGGAUUACAUCUUACAACAUUUCAAAAUGUGAACAAUGCAAUUACAUAUUUCCCACAUACAAUGUUGAAAUCGGAAGUGAUUUGAAAUAUUCUAAACCCACAGUGCAGUUAGCCGCUCCCACUCAGGACUUUACUGGCCUGGGCAAUAAUAGCCAGUUAUUGGUCCCACCUAAGUCUGUAAAGUUGGGAGUUGCAUGUCCUCAUUGUAAAACUAUAUCUUAUGAUCCGUCAAAAUGCGGACUAUGCAAUCUUACACUUCCAGGAAGCCUGCCCAAACUAGUAGUCUGUGACUUCCGACACGCAGAACCUUCAAAGCAGUCAACUGCUCCAACUCAAAACACAAAAUUCCGUACCUCGGCUGUGAAAAUGGCAGGGCAGAAUCCUUCAGUGCAGUCAGCUGCUGUUACCCAGAACUUUACUGGCAUAAAAUUAAAUAGCUCAGUAUUAAUCACCUCUAAGUCUGUAAAUGUGGGUGUGCUGUGUCCCUCUUGUGGGAUUUUAUCUUAUAAUAUCUCGAAUUGUGAUCAAUGCAGUCGUACAUUGCCAGGCAAUGUAGAAAUAAUCUGUGAUUCAAAGAAUUCAAAUAAUUCAAAACCUCCCACACAGUCAACUAAUCCCAUCCUUCCUACGAAGAUUGCGAGGGUCGCAGCUGUGUGCCCUCAUUGUGGUUUUUUAUCCUUUGGUCUCUCAAAAUGUGAACGAUGCAAGAACACAUUGCAGAAUAGUCUGAAACCAGUCCCUGGAUUUAAAAGUCCAAAACGUUUAGUAAAGCCAACAGUUCCUAUAUUGCCCAAACUUACUUUACUGAAAGUAAGUCAGUCAACUGUUCUCACCCAAAAAUUUACUGAUCCUUCGCACCAAUUUACUGAUGUAAAGUUGCAAAGACUUUCCACUGUUCCUAUGCUCAAAUUUGCUGAUGUAAAGUUGCAAAGCCAUUCAACUGUUCCAACAUAUAAUUUUACUGAUGUAAAAUUGCAAAGUCUACCAGUUGCUCAGCCUGAGGAGGACAAGCCUAAAUGCUGUCCUCAUUGUGAUUUAUCUUUGAAUUUCUCCAAAUGUCAACAUUGCAUCCAGGGUGACAAAAAUUUGAUGCCAGCACAAACUAUUCCUGCCCAGAAAAUUACUGAGGUCAAAUUAAAUGGACAGUUACAACCUCCAACCAUGACCCAGAAGGUAAAAGCAAUCUUGGAAAGCUUUGAAAUUACGAGAAAAGAGUUCUCAACAUCUACUGACACAGGUGUGAAGAUUUCUGAGGAAGUGGCUGCUAUGAUCCGUUGUUUAAACCAUGAAAACAAGAGGGAGAAACCCCGCAUAGAGACCCAUCCAACAUUGAACACUGAUUGUGUAGCUGUGGAAGAACGAGCCUGCUGCCAGUCAUCUGUUGAUAUCCAACAAACACUUACAAAACCUGACAAUGAAGUUGAACAGAUAGAGAAAUCAAGAACAGCAAUGCAUCCAGCAAUUAAUGGUGUUGCUGCCGAAUUUACUGAUCCUGCAUUUGUGGAAGAGCCCCUAAGUUUUGCUGGAAAAUAUUCUGCUUCUGUGGAAGACGGGGAAUUACAAGAAGAACCUGUGGCUCCUGCAGCUCCUUAUCACUAUCUGCUGAUGUUGUGUAAAGCAUUGCACAUAGGGACAUACAAAGUAGUAACAUCAGAAAAAGUGGUACUUUCUACUAAAGGCUUGGUGAUGAGAGUUCCACUUCCUUCAGAUCAAAGUGUCAUUGUCAGUAUUGCAAUCUCAGAUAUCUGUAGGUUCAUGGUUUCCUAUUCUCGUACCAUGCCAGUGCUGUUCAUAAACCUAUCCACAAAUGGGGGUUCAAAAGUUAGAAAGGCUCUGCACAUGAAUGAUUUAAAUGAUGAGUCAUUUUAUUUUGACCCCAGUUCAACUGAUGACACCCUUAGGCACAUAAUACUACUCCCUGAAAAUAUAACAGAAGAUUUCAAAAUGAAGCUAACAAGGAUAGUAGAUAUCAGCCGGAGGACUUUGGUUCAAAUUUGUGUUGGGCCAGAGUUAAAACUAUUUAAAAACCCUGCAUGUGCAGUGCCUGAAAUAGUGACAUUAUCUUCUGAUGAGGAGGAAUAACAUCAAGAUCUAGCUGUCCAUCAAACGAGAGAUGAAUUAAUUUUUCUCCACAUGAGAAAAAUUUGAAGGUCUUCUCUUCUGUCACUAAUUUUACUCAAUAAAUAUUGCUUUUACAUCA